AUGUUCCACAACCCUAUCAUACCUGGAUUUGCCCCGGAUCCAUCGGUCAUUCUUGUAGAUGGAAUUUAUUAUCUUGCGACUUCUUCCUUCCAUCUGUUUCCUGGUAUUCCAAUAUACGCGUCGACGAAUCUACAAGACUGGAAGCACAUCGGGAAUGCGAUCAACAGACCUACACAACUCGAUCUGCACAAUGCGACUACAACUGCCAUGCCGCUCGAUGAUGGCAACGUCAUGGUAGCAUCCGGAGGUCUAUUCGCGCCCACCAUUCGAUAUCACAACGGCGUUUUCUAUAUUGUUUGCACCAGCUGCUAUCACGGGAAAGACAACUGGCGAACCAACAAUUUCUUAGUACACACCAACGAUAUCUGGUCCGAUACAUGGAGUGAUCCAAUCCCUUUCGACUUCCAUGGCAUCGAUCCUUCCCUCUACUUUGACGAUGAUGGUCGCGCUUACAUCCAAGGGUCAUGGAUGAUGGACCGCAUGAAACAGCCUAGUUGCACGAUCAAGCAGUUCGAAAUUGACGUCAAGAGCGGAUCCGCACUAUCUGAAACACGAGAGAUAUGGGGUGGCUUCGCAAAACGGGACACAGAAGGCCCGCACAUCUACAAAAAAGAUGGCUGGUAUUACCUACUUGUAGCGGAAGGUGGAACGUUUGAACAUCACAUGCUGUCCAUGGCACGCUCGAGAGAUAUUUGGGGACCGUACGAGUCCUGUCCACAUAAUCCCAUCAUGACUGCAGAUGGCAAAAAUGAAUAUGUGCAGAAUGUGGGCCACGGCGAGAUCUUCCAAGAUAUGAACGGGGACUGGUGGGCAGCAGUCUUGGGUCUGCAAGGGGACCAGAACAAAGCGCCGAUGGGGCGCGAAACUUUUCUUACAACAGUGGAUUGGCCGAAAGAUGGAUGGCCCGUCAUUGAGCAACCACAAAUGUCGUUCAGCACGCCUCGCACAGUGCAAAUGGGCUUCGCUUCCGCCCAAUUAAUCAAGAAAGCCCGACUAGUGAAGCCCCACCUAGAUGAUUUGUACUUGCACAAGCCACUACGACAUCCCUACAAGAAGGCCGGCUCGAUCGCGCUCACACCCACUACUUCAGAUCUCUCUGCACCGUCAGCACCUCUCGCUUUACUCGCUCGCCGCCAACGAAGUGUAAAUACCAUUGCGAUAACAACAGUAUUGCUCGACAACGAGGCCACUCAUUCAAACGCCAUAGGCGGACUAACAGUCUACAAAGACCCUCUUCGUCACGCCAGCAUCUCCGUCUGCCUAUCCACACGUCUCAUCCACGUCCACUUCGUCGACGCAUCCAAGGAUUACGAGUACACAGCCUCAUACCCAGAGCCCGUUGCCCGUUCUUCCACAGCUGUAGACCUCCGCAUCAUAGCUUCCACAGAGCGCUAUGCGCUUGAAUUUCGCGAUCCCGACAAUGACCGACAAUGGAAACAAGUCGACAUGGUGGACACUACAAUGCUGAGUGCACGAGAUUUCACUGGCACGGUCAUAGGUAUCUUUGCAUUGCGGGAUGGAAAUGCAAGCGCGAGUAAUAGCGCGAAUGACGAUUGUGAUAGUGGGAGCGACGUAGCAGACCAAAAGGUCACAUUUCGUAAUUUUGAAGUCAGGUCCUUUGAACCAGGCAGCUUCCCCUGUGGAUUUUAG